AUGCCGGUCAUGAAGGGGUUGCUGGCCCCGCAAAACACCUUCCUGGACACCAUCGCCGCCCGCUUCGACGGCACGCACAGUAACUUCCUGCUGGCCAACGCACAGGGCCCACGGGGCUUUCCCAUCGUCUACUGCUCCGACGGCUUCUGCGAGCUCACAGGCUACGGGCGCACCGAGGUCAUGCAAAAAACCUGCAGCUGCCAUUUCCUCUACGGUCCAGAGACCAGUGAGCCAGCCCUGCAGAGGCUGCACAAGGCCCUGGAGGGCCAUCAGGAGCAUCGGGCUGAGAUCUGCUUCUACCGAAAGGAUGGCUCAGCCUUUUGGUGCCUCCUGGAUAUGAUGCCCAUCAAGAAUGAGAUGGGGGAGGUCGUGCUUUUCCUCUUUUCGUUCAAGGACAUCACCCAGAGUGGAGGCCCAGGACCUGGGCCCCCAGGAGGCCAUGGGGACAGUAAUCAUGAAAACUCCCUUGGCAGGAGGGGAGCCAGCUCGAGACUUCGAUCUGCCAGGAGGCAGAGCCGCACUGUCCUGCGCCGACUGACUGGCCACUUCAGCCACCGGGGCCAGGGAGGCAUGAAAACCAAUAAUAACGUGUUUGAGCCAAAGCCAUCAGUGCCUGAGUACAAGGUGGCCUCCGUGGGGGGGUCCCGCUGCCUCCUCCUCCACUACAGCGUCCCCAAGGCUGUCUGGGAUGGCCUCAUCCUCCUCGCCACCUUCUACGUUGCCGUCACUGUCCCCUACAAUGUCUGCUUCUCGGACGAUGAUGACACCCCCAUCACUUCCCGACACACCCUUGUCAGCGACAUCGUCGUGGAGAUGCUCUUCAUCCUGGAUAUCAUCCUGAACUUCCGCACCACCUAUGUGUCCCAGUCUGGCCAGGUGGUCUCUGCUCCUCGUUCCAUUGGCCUCCACUACCUGGCCACCUGGUUCUUCGUUGACCUCAUUGCCGCUCUGCCUUUUGACCUGCUUUACGUCUUCAACAUCACCGUGACAUCACUGGUGCACUUGCUGAAGACGGUACGGCUGCUGCGGCUCCUGCGGCUGCUGCAGAAGCUGGAGCGCUACUCCCAGUGCAGCGCUGUGGUGCUCACACUGCUCAUGUCCGUCUUUGCACUCCUUGCCCACUGGAUGGCCUGUAUCUGGUAUGUCAUCGGGCGUCGGGAGAUGGAGGCCAAUGACCCGCUGCUCUGGGACAUCGGCUGGUUGCACGAGCUGGGCAAGCGGCUGGAGGUGCCCUACGUCAACGGCUCCGCGGGCGGCCCGUCGCGGCGCAGCGCCUACAUCGCUGCGCUCUACUUCACGCUGAGCAGCCUCACCAGCGUGGGCUUCGGCAACGUGUGCGCCAACACCGAUGCGGAGAAGAUCUUCUCCAUCUGCGCUAUGCUCAUAGGCGCGCUGAUGCACGCCGUGGUUUUUGGGAACGUGACGGCCAUCAUCCAGCGCAUGUACUCGCGCCGCUCGCUCUACCACAGCCGCAUGAAGGACCUCAAGGACUUCAUCCGCGUGCACCGCCUGCCGCGGCCGCUCAAGCAGCGCAUGCUCGAGUACUUCCAGAGCACGUGGGCCGUCAACAGCGGCAUCGACGCCAACGAGUUACUGCGCGACUUCCCAGACGAGCUGAGAGCUGACAUUGCUAUGCACCUGAAUCGGGAGAUCCUGCAGCUGCCGCUGUUUGGAGCAGCGAGCAGGGGCUGCCUGCGGGCCCUCUCCCUGCACAUCAAGACAUCGUUCUGCGCUCCGGGCGAGUACCUGUUGCGCCGUGGGGACGCCCUGCAGGCACACUACUAUGUCUGUACCGGCUCGCUUGAGGUGCUCCGCGACAACAUGGUGCUGGCCAUCCUGGGGAAAGGGGACCUGAUUGGGGCAGAUAUCCCUGAGCCGGGGCAGGAGCCUGGGUCAGGGGCAGGCCCAAGCUUCGUGCUGAAGACCAGCGCUGAUGUGAAGGCUCUCACCUACUGUGGCCUGCAGCAGCUGAGCAGCCGAGGGCUGGCUGAGGUCCUGAGGCUCUAUCCUGAGUAUGGGGCUGCCUUCCGGGCUUGCCUACCCCGGGACCUCACCUUCAACCUGCGCCAGGGCUCUGACACCAAUGGCCUCAGCCGCUUAUCCCGGUCCCCUCGCCUCUCCCAGCCCCGCUCGGAAAGCCUCGGCUCCUCAUCAGACAAGACCUUGCCAUCCAUCACAGAAGCCGAGGCUGGGGCAGAGCCUGGGGGUGGUUCUAGGCCCCGCCGGCCCCUCCUGCUGCCCAACCUCAGUCCAGCACGGCCCCGGGGCUCCCUGGUCAGCCUUCUGGGCGAGGAGCUGCCCCCAUUCUCAGCCCUUGUGUCCUCCUCUUCCCUGUCCCCAUCCCUCUCGCCUGCCCUGGCUGGCCGGAGCCACAGCCCCUCCCCUCAUGGCCCCCACAGGGGCUCUGCUACCUGGAAGCCCCCCCAGCUUCUCAUUCCCCCACUGGGAACCUUUGGACCUCCGGACCUCAGUCCCCGGAUAGUGGAUGGCAUUGAGGACUCUGGCAGCACAGCAGAGGCCCCUACAUUCCGGUUCAGCAGGCGGCCUGAGCACCCUAGGCCCCGCUCGCAGGCCCCGCUUUCAGGGACCAGGCCCAGCCGGGAACUGGCCACUGAGGCCGAGGAGGUGAAGGAGAAGGUCUGCAGGCUGAACCAGGAGAUCUCCCGUCUCAACCAGGAAGUGGCUCAGCUUAGCCAGGAGCUUCGACACAUGAUGGGCCUGCUGCAGGCCAGGCUGGGUCCCCCAGGCAACCGAACAGCCUCAGCUUGGCCCCCAGACCCUCCUUGCCCCCAACAGAGGCCUCCAUGCAUCUCUCCCUGUCUGUCUGGACUGCCACCUAACCUCCAGGAUACUACUUUUGCAGAGGUCCACUGCCCGGCCAGUGUGGGGACAGCAGAGAUGGGGGCUGCACCCCCUGACCUGAGACCUUCUGUACUCUCCCACUACCCCUCAGAGCCUGACCCUCUGGUAGCCUCCCCAGUGCCAGAGGUCUCGUCCCCAACCCCAAGCCUCACGAGGCAUAGCUUCCGGUCCAGAUCAGACACUUUCCACUGA